AUGACUGCAUUGAAUAAUAGAAGGAAUAUGAGGAGGCCUUGCGAUGGACCCUCUCCAAAUCCUGCCUCUUGGACUGCACUAGAAGCCCAUGUUAUUAAAGUUAACUUUGAUGCUACUUGGUGGGCAUCUUCUAGCAGAGCGGGAGCAAGUCUUAUAGCACGAAAUACAAAUGGUGAGUUCGUGGGAGUGAAAUGCCUAUCUUUCCAUGUGGAAUCUACAAUCAUGGCUAAAGCAAUUGCUGGUUUUGAAGGUUGCAAAUGGGCAUCUGAGCUGGGCUUAUCAGAGGUUUGUUUUGAAUCUAACUCCAAAGAACUGAUCGAGAGCGUGAAAGGAAACAUAAAGCAUGGAAGAUGGAGUCUCUACCCACUUAUGUCUAUAAUUCGUGAAUGCAAUUCCAAUUUCUCAAACUGUAACUAG